AUGACUAUUGCUAGUAUUCCAGGUAAUGAAAAAACUAUAAUUGAAGCUAAGAUUCUAAAUGAAGAAGAAAUUAUGGUUGAAGAUGAUAAAGAAACUAUAAUUAAAGUUAACUUACUGGAUGUCAGUGAGAUGGAUAAAGCUGUUCGAUCAAGACUUGAACUUGACUGGAACUUUAUGCCUGGAAUAAUAGGACACGUUUCAUUGGUAGAAUUCUUUCACAUAAUUAUUGAUCGUUUUCCAGUUAUUCAUGUAUGCUUAAUUUUGUCAUCUACUUUUAGAUCAAGUUCAAGACAAAAUCCACCUGUACCAGAUGGAACCAAUGGUUAUUUUUCAGUUGCUGCUGGGGAUUUUGUACAAGAAAAAGUUUCUGAAAAACGGCAAGUGUCAUCGGAGCCAUUCUUGUGUGUUUAUUUGGAUCCAGAAGUUUGGAUACGAAGACGACCAGAAAGUAAAACAAUCGUUUUAAAUGAUGAACAAUUAAAUGCUGCAAUUCCAAGAAAAUUCUUGGAUACUUCAUUUUUUUCAAAUUCUCAAG